UUAAUUCUCGCUGUCAAACUGAUCUGACAGCAAAAACCGCUUUAUCAUUUCAACUUUUCGUUUUCAUUCUUAAAAACUUUGAAAUAAAAAGAGUGUCGCUUAAAGAACCGUACCAAAAACAUGUUCAGGAACCAGUACGACAGUGACGUGACAGUAUGGAGCCCCCAGGGGCGCCUCCACCAAGUGGAAUACGCCAUGGAAGCGGUAAACUUGGGUUCCGCCACCGUAGGCCUCAAAAGUAACUCCCACGCAGUCCUCAUAGCCCUUAAAAGGGCCUCCUCGGAACUCUCCGCUUACCAGAAGAAAGUAAUCAACAUCGACGACCACAUCGGCAUAACCAUUUCCGGUUUAACAGCAGAUGCGAGGAUCCUUAGUCGCUACAUGAGAACCGAAUGUUUGAACUACAAGUACUCCCACGACACUUAUUUGCCAUUAAACAGACUGAUUUCCACUCUGGGUAAUAAGAUGCAACUGUGCACCCAAAGGUACGACCGCAGACCUUAUGGGGUUGGACUCCUGGUGGCUGGUUUCGACGACAAAGGUAGCCACAUCUACCAGACUUGCCCCUCGGCCAAUUAUUACGAUUGCAAAGCCAUGUCUAUUGGGGCGAGGUCGCAGAGUGCAAGAACUUAUUUGGAAAAGCAUCUGGAGCAGUUGCCUGGGGCCAGUUUGGAGGAACUUAUCGCCCAUGGACUGAGGGCUCUUAGGGACACGCUUCCUCCAGAAGUUGAUCUUUCCACUAAGAAUGUGUCUAUUGGGUAUGUCGGUAAGGAGCAGCAGUUUAAAAUUUUGGAUGAGGAUGAGACUGGGCCUUUCUUGAAACUGAUUGAGGGUGAGGAGAGGAGAGGAGCUCCGCCAGAGAAGCCUUUGGGACCACUAAGGGAUGAGCAGGGGGAAGAGCCGAGGGACCCUUCUGCAGCAGUAGCAACGGAGGCAGCAGAACAUGCCAUGGACACAGAUUAAAUCAUUUAGGAACAACAAAUCUCUUAAUUAAUAGAAAAUUAAUUGAGUGGUUUGCCAAUUUCCCCGUUUUUGAUGAUAAUUUUCUUAUAUUUGUGCCGUGGCUGUCUUAAGGGUGUUUUUAGGGCAGCCACGGCACAAAUAUGCUGAAUCACUUGUUGUAAUAUGUUAUAUUAAGUCUUGCUUUUCUAUGGGUGAUUUAUUAAUAAUAAUAAACUAAUUCUGCUAUCAA